UUUAAGCUGCCGAAAACUAGAAGAAGAAGAAGAAAAAGCGGCGGCCAACCCGGAACCUGAGCCGCAGUCUGCGCUGUCCACAUGUUUUCUGUGAUCGCAUGAUGUCUAAUGUCAGCAGAGGAAUAUAAAAGUGGUAUAACAGCGAAAUGAAAACUGGACGGGUCCUAUAGCCAGUGAAAGACUCCGUUAGAAGAUGUUGAGUGACUCGGAGGCUGCUGAGCUGCUCUCCUUCCUGACCCCCGGUACACGUCCUGAUGUCAAAGGUCAGGCCACAGAGUACAUCCUGGGAAUUUCUGGACACAGGGAUGGCUGCCGCUUCCUCCGCACCAAACCUGACUUACUUGUUGCCCUGUUUUCCUUGACCUCUGACCCCUCUGUUGCCAUAGUGAAGGACUGUUACCACAUCCUGAUCAACCUAUCGGCCGAUGAGACUCUGCACCAGGUUUUGGUGGCAGACGUUAAAGUUCUUCCAGUAUUGUUAAAGAACCUUCUGAAUCCAGAGUACCUGUUCUCUGAUCAGAUCUGCACCAUCCUCUCCAACCUGACCCGCCAUGAGAAGACCUGCAAGACUGUGUUCAAGGUCCUCCAGGAGGAGGUUGGUCUGGCUAAGCUGGUGGAGAUCCUCUGUACUGAAGGUUACAACAAGAAGGCGAAGCUGCACUACCUGGGUCCUCUGCUGUCCAACCUGACGCAGCUGCCUGAGGCCAGAAACUACGUCUUGGACAAGGACAGGUGUGUGGUCCAGAGGUUGCUGCCCUUCACUCAGUACCAGGCAUCGGCGGUGAGGAGGGGAGGAGUCAUAGGCACUCUGCGCAACUGUUGCUUUGACCACGCACAUCAUGAGUGGCUGCUGAGUGACGCUGUGGACAUCCUGCCCUUCCUCCUGCUGCCGCUGGCCGGUCCGGAGGAGCUGUCGGAGGAAGAAAAUGAAGGUCUGCCUGUGGACCUGCAGUAUCUCCCAGAGGACAAGAAGAGAGAUGAAGACCCCGACAUCAGAAAGAUGCUGCUGGAAACACUCUUACUGCUGACAGCAACCAAAGCCGGCCGGCAGGCACUAAAGGAGAAGAACGUUUAUCCGAUCAUGCGAGAGUUUCACUGCUGGGAGAAGGACGUCCACGUUACGGCAGCCUGUGAAAAACUAGUCCAGGUGCUGAUAGGCGACGAGCCGGAGCAGGGGAUGGAGAACCUGAUGGAGGUGGAGAUCCCCGAGGACGUGGAGGAGAAACUGAAGGAGGCCGAAGCCAAAGAACAGCAGGAGCUGGAGAAAGAGCAGGAGAAGAGACGGGAGGAGGAGGAGGUGGAGGAGAAAAGGAAGAACAGUGACGCAGAGCGGACAGACAGAGAACAGGAGAGCGGACUGAUACAAUAAAACCUCUUUUAGACCCGUAACAAUUCUGGCUUCAUCAAGAAAUCUGCUGAAGUGGCUUUUCCCCAUUCAGACAUGGGUGUCAGUUAAAUGUUCAUUACAGCUUUAUUCAGACACGACAGGACAUUUACAGAAAGAGACAGCGCUCUGUUAGUGCUCUUUGAGGGAGCGCUGGGUUGAAAAGUAAAAGUAAGAAAUGAUACGAAAGAAGAGGAGCCUUUUCUGUUCUGUCACAGGCUGCGUCAAUGAUGAAUUUAAAAAAUUUCUUUUUGUUGUUGAAGCCUCAAUUAUGACCAUUGACACCAUUUUAUAAUGACUGACAGUGAUGACGCACAUGUUAAAUUGGGACGCAUUUAACUGUUAUUCAAGGUUUUUUGUUUUUUUUUCCUCUUCUCAAACCACAAAAGAAAAAAAAAAACACUUUUAUAGUCUGAGAAGAAUCUCUUCAACUAAACAUCGGCUUAUUCACAGUUUCGUGUUUGUUAAACUGAGUUUAUUUUCUCUGUGCAUUUAAAAAGCGAUGAUUGUCAAAUCCCUCAAGACAGAACAAGUUGCGCUGUGAUUACUCAUAUGCUUAUUCAGGUAAGAGACGACGUGGACAGUUGCAACACGACAAAAUUUCGUGUACUCUGGCCUCCUGAGGACUGAGUGUGUUCACUGUGAGAUCUCACCUUCUGGCUGGAGUGUUUUUAGGGUUGAGUUACCCCUUAACACCUCUUUUAUUCCCGCUUUAAGUAGCUUUAAGGUUGGGUAAGUCUGACGGUAGCAUCUAUUGUAUAUUGCGUAUCACAUUGUUCCAGCUCCUCACUGAAGCUACACGAUGUUGACACUGAGUGAAAUAUUGAAGCCAUGGCUCGAUCAAUUUAGACACAUUUCCCCAAACUGGAAACUUUGAGAUUCCACAUUUAAAAAAUAAAGAGUUAACUUCUGUGGGUUUGAGCAGUGUUUGGCUGCACAGCCUGAGUUUAAGUUAAGUUUAUAAUGGUUGCUUUGGGAGAUUCAGGAGGUUAAAGGAAAGAGCCACCUUCAAAAGAUGAAAACAAAAAAACAAAUAGUCUGUUUAAGUCACCAAUGAUUGAUUCAGAUGUCUAUAAGUUAUUAAUGACUGAAUUUUAAAAUGGAAAAUGCUAAGUUCAUUUUAAAAAGGAUUUUAAAUGUGUCUGCCUCAGAAUAUGUGUUUCCUACUUCAGCAUUUACAGUGUAUUUCAUAAUUUAUUUAUUUUUUUUGUGCCACCUCAAAAACCCCCUUACAUGUUGCAGAUAAUCCAACGAAAGCCCUCUAAUGUAUUAUAAUCUGAGUGUAUCCAUUAACUGACUAAAUUUGGGGCGACUGAAUUGAAAAAUAAAAUUCCUUUUUAAGGUACAAAUUAAAGGGGGCGCCUUAAUGUUGUUCUGUAAAUUUUAAAGACUUUAUAGCCUUUAAACUCACUAUUCUGUGUAGAAAACACAUUAAAACUCCUCUAAAUAUCACAGUUAAUGAAUCCAUCCAUUCAUUUACCCGCAGUUUGUGGUGAUCCUGACAGUCUUUUAUUUGCACCUGAGAAGACAAACUAAAGGAACUGUCCGGUGCGAUGUGACU